AAAAACAAAAAAUUGGGGAUUAGAACUUCUAAUCCACACAUAUAUAAUCGCUAGCAGCUCAAAGAGACGACUCUGGUUCGCUGCUUCCGGAACCGAGCUCCUUUCGACGAGAGGAAGGAAGAAAAUGCCUAAGCAAAUUCAUGAGAUCAAGGAUUUCCUUCUUACAGCAAGAAGGAAGGAUGCCCGUUCUGUCAAGAUCAAGCGAAGCAAAGAUGUGGUGAAGUUCAAGGUUCGCUGCUCCAAGUACCUCUAUACUCUUUGUGUGUUUGACUCUGAGAAGGCUGACAAGUUGAAGCAAUCUCUUCCUCCAGGUUUGAGCGUGCAAGACCUGUGAAGAAACGGACAAACUUGAGUUUUGGCCUUACGAAAAUUGAAGGAUCUAAUGCUUGUGCCUUCAUUUAAUUUUUAUUUUUAUUUUUAUUUUCUUUUUGAAUAUGCUGGUCUGAUUUUGUUGGUUAGAUAUUAUUAUGCUUGAGAUUUUAGAUUUGCAGUGAGGUAGAGAUAGAAGAUGGUACUCUCUGUUAUAGGAUAUGUGAUUCCUUAUUGCACUUGGUCCUCAGCUUCGCAUGUUUUGUUAA